GCUCUGGGCGGGGCGCGGGUGUCUGCUGCUCCCGGGCAGGCGAGAGCGCCCGGGGCUCCGCGCUGCGGCCGUACACCCCUCUCAGAGCCGAGCCGAGCGAGGCGGGCGGCGAGCGGGCCCCGCCAUGGCCGCGAACCGAGGAACUGGAAACAACCCAGGUGUCCAUCAGCAGUAUUCCAGUACGAGUAACAGGAAAGAACAUGUCAGAGUUACAACCAAGUCCCAGCCGGGCUUCCUGGAGCGGCUGAGCGAGACCUCGGGUGGAAUGUUUGUGGGGCUCAUGACCUUCUUGCUCUCCUUCUACUUAAUUUUCACCAAUGAGGGCCGCGCGUUGAAGACGGCGACCUUGCUGGCCGAGGGGCUCUCGCUGGUGGUGACCCCCGACAGCAUCCACAGUGUGGCUCCGGAGAACGAGGGGAGGCUGGUGCACAUCGUCGGGGCCCUGCGGACAUCCAAGCUCUUGUCUGAUCCAAACUACGGGGUCCACCUCCCGGCUGUGAAGCUGCGGCGGCACGUGGAGAUGUACCAGUGGGUGGAGACCGAGGAGUCCAGGGAGUACAACGAGGACGGGCAGGUGAAGACAGAGAGGAGGUACUCCUACAACACUGAAUGGAGGUCAGAGAUCGUCAGUAGCAGGAACUUUGACCGAGAGAUUGGCCACAAAAACCCCAGUGCCAUGGCCGUGGAGUCAUUCACCGCAACAGCCCCCUUCGUCCAGAUUGGCAGGUUCUUCCUCUCGGCAGGCCUCAUUGACAAAGUGGACAACUUUAAGCAGCUGAGCCUGUCCAAGCUGGAGGACCCGCAUGUGGACAUUAUUCGCCGGGGGGACUAUUUCUACCACAGUGAAAACCCCAAGUACCCUGAGGUGGGUGACCUGCGCAUCUCGUUUUCCUACGCGGGGCUGAGCGGCGAUGACCCCGACCUGGGCCCAGCUCAUGUGGUCACCGUGAUUGCCCGGCAGCGGGGUGACCAGCUGGUCCCCUACUCCACCAAGUCCGGGGACACCUUGCUUCUGCUGCACCACGGGGACGUCUCAGCAGAGGAGGUGUUUCGUCGAGAACAGAAGAGCAACUCCAUGAAGACGUGGGGCCUGCGGGCGGCCGGCUGGGUGGCCAUGUUCAUGGGCCUCAACCUCAUGACGCGAAUCCUCUACACUCUGGUGGACUGGUUUCCCAUCUUCCGAGACCUGGUCAACAUUGGCCUGAAGGCCUUUGCCUUCUGCGUGGCCACCUCGCUGACCUUGCUGACCGUGGCCGCCGGCUGGCUCUUCUACCGGCCCCUGUGGGCACUCGCCAUUGGCUGCCUGGCCCUGGUGCCCCUCAUUGUUGCUCGGACACGGGUACCAGCCAAAAAGCUGGAGUGAGACGGGGCCCUGGCACCCACCAGACACCAGCUGCGCCUCGGGACCCGGGCCACCCCCUCCCCCAGUCGCACUUCAGUCUUGGGUUCCGCACGCGCCCCACUCAGGUGGCAGCCUUGGCAACACACGUGGGUGUCUGGUGGGUGUCUGUCAGCACUUCGCACCCCUUCUUGCCACCGGGCAGCUUUGGUGGCAGGAGGCAGCUCCUGUCCAGCAGCGUGACAAGCGCCCUCCUUUUUGUUUCCUUUCCUUCUCUUGGGGCCAUGUGGCCGCUCACGUGUUUCACUUAGCUGAUGUCUGCAGAGGUGGUGACACUCAGACCUGGAGACGGUGUCAGGCUCCGCCUCAGCCCAGGACAGGGCGGCAGGGGCGCCACAAACCCACUCUGCAUAUGGAACUUGACGCGGUGCUUAAAGAGAACCAACGACGGGGUGUUGUGGUGAGGAAGGUGGAUGUUUGUUGGGUUUUGUUGUUACAAAACAUGUUUUGAGCGUUACGGUUUGGCAGAAUCUUUUUGGCGUAUGGGACCUCCAAAGCCCUGGUUACAUUUCUUGUCACUUCAUUUCUCUGCAUGUAGUUCCCCCACCUACCUGGGGCGGGGUGGGGGGGGGGGAGUUUCAAGUAAGAUUUAAAAAACACGUCCUGAAUGAGUCACAUCUCAGACUGUUACAGAAAACCCCCCUCUGAUCUGUCCGUUGAGGUUCGUUCAGAGCCCAGAAAGUUCAGUGGGGCUGUGACUUACCUGGUUGAGAAAGUUACCUGUCAGUAUUCUGGGUCUCUGGGAAGCUUUUCAGAGCUUCAGGUACUUUGAAACUGCUGUUAGCAAAACGCCCAUUUUCCCUCUAGGAGGAGAUGGGAGUCCCUAUCUGGGAGAAAACGCAGUGAUUUUCUUAAAGAUGAUUUUGAGUUUUUAGUCAUUUAUCCUAAGUGGGCUCUUUCGUGGUGACCCCCCCCCCGCCCCCAAUCAGACAGCGGAGGCUGCAGAUUUGGAAGCUCUCUGACCUGGCUCUGUUCAUCACGGGUGUGCUUUUGACAUGAACAUCUGGGCUUCAAGGGGCUGCUUCUGGGUGUUUCACGUGUUCAGUGUCCACAGCUUUAUUCCUAAAUCAAAUCUACCCACACCUAAUUCAAAGUUUAAGUUUCCCAGCUACUCUCACACCCUUUGAAAGAUAAAGUAUGCUGUAACAUUGAUGUCUUAAGAAGACUCUUUGUAUGUCCUUUACCUUUUGACUAUUUGGAAAUUGUUCUGCCUUGCUGGGAAUGGCUGCUUUGGUGAAUAAGUAUUUGGUAGCUGAAUAGGGCUCAGAACUUUGGAAACUCAAGAGCUAAUAACCUCCCUCCUUGUCUGGAGGCAUUUGGGGUGUAAAUUGCAAUUUUUCAUGUUCAAAGCAGCCAGUCCCAGGGAUGAGUUAUAUGGGUUUAAGGACUGACACUGUGCACUAUUGCUUGUUAAAUGAACAGUUUAUUUGCAUCCCUUAACUCUUAAAGAUGCUUUCGGAAAGCACAGAGACAAGAUGAUGGUUAAACACAAAAUCCUUGACAUCUGGUUUGUGUUACUUUUUUCUGGUACAGACUUUAAAUUACUGCCAAUUUUAAGUGUUCUUAAAGACCAAAAUAAUGUUAUGAAAUAUUUCAAGCCUUUGGAAAAUCAUGAUGAAACUUGUAUCAUCUUUGUAUUUUUGAUAAAAAUUCAAAAUAAAUUUCUGAAUAUCUUUUGAUAUAGGAA